CGCCAUUGAUCAUCCCCACACACAUGUUGUUAGAUGUUGUCAACUGGUUAAAGCGAGCAAGGACUUAGCCCAGACUUCAUACUUCAUGGCAUCUAACAGGUGGCUACACAUUAUUUCCUAGUAUCUCUUACUCUUAGCAGUCUUCUGGUCAAAUAGAUGCCAGCUGGAGCAUAUUUCCAAGCUAAGACUGUCAGGCAAUAGCCACUGGCGCAACAUUCUGACCUGUUCUCCUUUUAGAAAACAAAGUAAACGUGAAAUGAAACAUUACAGAUAUCUUUCAUAUAAAAUACAAAUGUCUUUUGUUCCAUGACACUGUAAAAGUACAAUUUACGUAAAUUGCAUAAAUAGGAUAUAAAAAUUUGACACGAUACAUGAAAGUUUACUUUGAUUUCGUACGUUUUCUGAAUUCUAAUGCGAAUGUUUAAAUGUCAACAGUAACUUUUGGGGAGGAAUGUUGCGUUGCAGUCGCGGUAAUGUCUGAUUCUAAAGAGAACGUAUGCCAAAGCGAAACGAAGUUUAUUUCGUAAACUAAGUUCACGAUGAGGAUUGCUUAAUUGAAGUUUACAUUUGACAACCAUGUGUCUGCAGUAUAAACCAACGGUGGUUGCCUGUUUCUGUAUACAUCUUGCUUGCAAAUGGUCCAAUUGGGAGAUUCCACAAAGUACGGAAGGGAAGCACUGGUUUUGGUAUGUCGACAAGAGCGUAACUUCCGAACUUUUACAAGAGCUUACAGCAGAAUUCCUUCAUAUAUUUGAUAAGUGUCCAUCGAGAUUGAAAAGAAAAAUUAUGAGCAUAUCUGCCAAUCAAAGUCCAAGCAUUAAUCACCCUAGUUUACCGAAUUCACCUUUCGAUGCAGAACCUCGUAAAGUACAGUCUCCUGCGACGACGGCCGAUGGUGGACCCACAUUCCAUGCAAGUCGACCUCAUCAUACGGAGAAACAAGAAGACAAGAAACAGAUAGCUCCUGCGCCUUCAAGGCCACCCGUCGACUAUAGGGAAUACAGAGAGAAAAAGGAACGCGAACGUAUAGAAAGGGAAAAGACGACGGUUCCGACUACUGUUCCGCAGAGUCACGCAUCGGAUAUCAAUAAGCAUCAUUCGCAUCAUCAUAAACCUGUAUCUAGUACAAACGUGCUGAACAAACAUCCAUUGCCUCUAGGACAGAAGGCGCUUCAUCACAAUCAUCACCACAGACCAGAAGUUAAAGUCGGACAGCCGGUACCUCAGAGACAUUCUAGUAGUACUCAAGCUAGGGAACCAAAUCGUGAUCCUAAUAGGCAGAGGUUACAAAGAGAGUACAAUUCGAGCACUGGUACAAGUAGCAGUAGUAAUAGUAGUAGUACUCUUCAUUCGCAUAGUCAUACGAUGCCGAAAGAUCCAAACUUGGAUAAUUCGCUGACGGAUUCCACGACACACAGACCAGACGUCGCAACCCUUCAGGAUCCAGUGGCCCAUGGAAACAUGCAGGAAAAACUUAGUAAUAAUAAUCAUAGCGUGCACCGAAUAAGCGGCAUAGAAAAUAAGCAUCAGGGUCACGAUAAGCGGAUGUACGACCCGAGGCAUAAACCUGUAGAGCAUAGGAAAGAUAACGAACAAAAGCCAUACAAAUAUCCGGACCCAACGAGAGUCGAACGACAGAGAAAGUCCGAUACGUUGGAGCAGAGAUGCGAAGAAGUAAGGAAACUCAUAGAAAAACCAUUACCUCCACCCAAACCUACACUCGAUGUACCAUACGCUUCAAAUACGCAAAAACCACCUCAUCAUACUAAAUACAAUCAGUCGGAGAAAUUGCAGACCAGUAGCGGUUCAAUUUCUACCGACGCGAAGCUCACAACCGCGCAAAGUUCGUUCACGCAAGAGAAGUCACCGACCAGUUCCAGUUCGGCCUCCUUGCUCGCUCAGAAAUCCUUGACGUCGAAGACGGUGGCCAGUCAACACACCGCUCACGGUGUGUCUCAAAUUUUGAAGGACACGAUCAAGAACGGUAGUUCCCAGUCGUCGAGUUUGUCUUCUUUGAACAAUCUCGACGACCCGAAAACUGAAAAGCGACCACGGUACGACGAUCCAGACAAAUCCGACAUGCAACAAAGCGCACUACAAACUCCUCCUGGCAAGCCGAAAUCGCUGUUCAGUCCGGAGAAAGUACCAACGCUUCGAGAGUCCCACUCGCAAAGGCCUAAAUCUAAACAAAAGACGCCACCCUCGGCUGCAAAAGUUCCUAAACAAGAACGCGUACCAGAUACGUCGAUAGGUUUUAAUUUAGUAUCACCUUUCGCGAGCCCGCCGGGCUUGCAGCAACCAGAAACGCCAUCGGUCAAGCGAUCGGCAAGCGAUGUCUCUACAACGUCGCACAAGAGACACCGUGCCGGCAGUACUAGCGACAGUGGACAGCAAGCGAAAGUAAAAAUGGAGGACACGUCCAGUUUCGAGGCUGUCAAGAUGCUUGGUAGGGUACCAGAACUGAUACAACCAAUUAGAGACAAUCCGUCGGCAAACGGUAGAGCCACUCAAAUCGCCAACGACAUGAAACCACCCGAACUCAUCAAACCGUUCGACGCUGAACCGACGAUAUCACGUUUCGGUCCAGUGUCCACGCAGCAACAGAUGUCGAAUCAACAAGGUUUGACCAAUGGUAUGGACGCAAACUUAGCCGUGAAGCAAGAAUCACAGGAGUUCCAAAUUAAGAAGGAACCUUACAAGUCAGACAUGCAAAUAAAAAUGGAACAUUCGCAGAUCAAGAGCGAAUAUUUAUCGCCAAUGAAGUCUGCUCAAAGUAUAAGUGCUCUGCUUCAGGAACCUCUAGCGCCGUUGCCGUCGUUGCUGCAGAACGUGCAUCAGUUUAGUCAAAUAACGCCACAACAGAUGCAUCAGGAACAAUACCAGCAACAACAGCUGCAACAACAACAAGCACCGCAACAGCAACAAUCUAUAUCUCAUUCGAUGUUACUAACAGAUAAUCACGGUUUGGUCCAAAAUCCGAGCAUGUCUUUACCCAUAGUCAACGAGCCCGUCAUAGCAUCUACCGUUGACAUCAGCGCGUUUUCCGAACCCGUACAAACCAGCACCGAGUCAGUGCUUCCCGUACCAACGUCGACGACGGUAACACCCGUCCCACCCGCGGAAGAGAAGCGGUCGGAGCACCGCAAGAGCGAGAAGAAGAAGAAGAAGGAGAAACACAAACACAAAGACAAAGAGAAGACCAAGGAAAAGCACAAGCACAAGCAUAAAGACAAAGACAAAGAGAAACACCGCGAGAAGGAUAAAGAGAAGGGCGAAGAAACCGUAACGGCGGUACCCAUCAAAAUCACCAUCCCCAAAGACAAACUAAAUUUGAGCACGGAAUCGACGGCCAGCACGGGAGCAGCAGCGUCGACAGAGAAGAACAAAUCCCCUCAAAAUACCAGCAUCAAAAUCAUCAUCCCCAAGGAACGGUUGAAAGGCACCGACAACGUGUCCAGUUCCCCGGCUCAGCCUGUGGUUCAGGCACCGCUGAAGAUCAAGAUCCGCACGGACGGGAUCUCGAGGAGUUCAGCGGCUGCUCCGUCGACGACGAGUAGUUCCAGUAUCGUCCCGGAAUUCUCGAGCGAGAGUCGUAAACGCGAGCGUUCCGAUCCGAAGGAGAAUCCACUGGCCAAUACACCAGCAACGAAGAAGCAAUCGCAGGUGUCGUCGGCGGGCUACGGACAGCAUCGACCUGGCGAACGGCAGAACGGCAGACACUAUAGCUCGGGCAGCAAUAACAAGAUUUUAAAAAUGAAUUACUCUAAAAGUCUCCGUCCUAUUCUGUCUUGCCUAAGUGAAUGCAAUUUUGAGUCCUUUAAGAGAGGCACACUAAUCAAAAACGUGUACAGAAGUCAUCAUUAUUCAUGUAAAGUAUUGGUAGUUGGAGGUGGAACUGGUGGUUGCACUAUGGCAGCAAAAUUUGCAAACACAUUCAAGGAUCCUAAAAAAGUUAUCAUAGUGGAACCCAGCCAGAUACACUAUUAUCAACCUAUGUUUACAUUGAUUGGUGGUGAUAUAAGGUCUUUCGAUGCUUCAAAGAAACCAAUGAAAGAAGUUUUACCCAAAGAUGCUACAUGGUUGCAAGAAAAUGUAAUGAGCUUUGAACCUGAACAGAAUCAAGUCACAAUGAGUAAUGGAGAUACUGUGCAAUAUGAAAUUAUGAUUGUAGCAGUGGGAUUGCAGUUACAUUGGGAAAAAAUACCAGGUUUAGUAAAGAGUCUUCAAGAUGGACUGUCACAAGUUUGUUCUAUUUAUGGUGCUGACACUGUUCCAAAUGUGUACUCAAAGAUUUCAAGAAUAACAGAGGGUAAUGCAAUAUUUACCUUCCCAAACAGUCCAGUUAAAUGUCCUGGAGCACCACAGAAAAUUUUGUAUAUUGCAGAAGAAUUUUUCCGUAAGAAAAAAGUACGUGGUAAUAUAAGAGUCGUGUAUAAUACAUCUUUACCAGUAAUAUUUGGUGUCAAGAAAUAUGCUGAUGCACUUUGGAAAGUUUGCGAACGAAGGGACAUUAAUGUGAAUCUUCAGACAAAUCUAAUUGAAAUAGACCCAACUAAACAGGAGGCUGUAUUUCAGAAAUUAGAUGGUUCAAAUGAAACUUUCGUUGAAAAGUUCUCGUUACUUCACGUAUGUCCCCCCAUGGGUGCACCUGAUAUUCUGAAAAAACAUCCGUCAUUAACAAAUGAAGCGGGAUUUUUGUCCGUCGAUUCUAAAACCCUACGACAUACGAAAUACUCAAAUAUAUAUGGAAUUGGAGAUUGCACUAGCACUCCAAAUUCUAAAACUAUGGCAGCUAUAGCGGCUCAGGGCAAAGUAUUGUAUAAGAAUAUCAUGGAUGAUAUGGCUGGUAAACCAAUGACUAUGGCUUAUAAUGGUUACUCUUCCUGUCCUUUGGUUACUGGAUACAGAAAAUGUAUUUUAGCUGAAUUUGAUUACAAUUUACAACCAAUGGAGACGUUCCCUGUUAAUCAAAGUCGAGAGUACUUUUUCACGUUUCUACUCAAAGCAUAUGCGUUUCCUUUAUUAUACUGGAAUUUAAUGUUGCGCGGUCAUUGGGAUGGACCUGAAUUUUUCCGCAAAUAUUCGGAACUAAUAAAAAGCAAAGAAAAGUCUGAAUCACCGAAGAGCUAAACUUAUUUGUACUGCCAUAGUAUUAUUUAAGUAUUAUAUUUAAUAUGUUUAUGCUGAAUGUAUAUAAUUUUAAUAUAUUAAUAUUGUUAAA